GUUGGAGUUGAGUUCUUAUAGUUCAUAAUUUAUUUCUCGCAGCCAUCGUAGCCCUUUAAUUGUUUACAAUGAACGAUAUGCAAAUAGUGAGAAUUAUGAGGGAUCGGGGCAGAAUCAUCAGUACUAGUUUUGAACGAAGUUUGUUUUUGUGUUUAGUGGUGUGUGUUACAGUGAGUUGAGAUAGACAAGAAGUCGAGUGACAAUGUGGCACAGACGUUUUUUGUUCUGUUCGAAACUCAAUCCAGUUCGCUCCACGGGUGUUAGGCAAAGAUUGUAUAAAAUGUAUCGCUUUCCUUUUUCCCCCAAAAUCAUAAAAAUGUUUAUUCAAUUGAACCGAACUCAAAAAGACCAGUACCAGAAUAAUACGAAAAAGAGAUUAAAAAGACUUUUUAAAAUGCUUUGUGACCAUACCUCAUCCCCUUUCUUGUUACUAAAGUAAAGAGGAUAAAAAUAUCAGUAUAAUGUGCUAUUUAAAUGUAGAAUAUUAAAUACUGACAUAUUGAAGAAUAAAUAAUAAACAAGGCUUCUGCAGGACUGGGCAUACUGUUUGAACUAAGGUGCCAUAAAUUUCAUGCAAAUAUUGGAAGUUUAUUGAGACAAAAGAUUUUACUUGAAUAUGGAAAAGCACUUAUUGAUAAUCAUUGCUACAAUAUUAAUAUCCCGUAAUUUAUUUUCAGUGAAAAUAUAAUUCCUGAGGCUAACCAGUGGAGAAUGUGUUGUUGUGAUCUGUCAUAAAAGGUCAAUAGCUUGAGCUCAAUAUUUAAAGAUCUCUGGUAUCAGGCCAUGAUCUAGACCAUCAGCUUAAUCAUUUUUAAGAUCCAUUAUAGAUGCCUUAACUUCUUUUAUUCACAUCAGCUAUAUGGUCAUAGUUUAGUUUAAAUGCAAUAGUCUAAAUGCAUGUUCACAAUAAAUGAUGACAAAAUUUGUUAAAGAUUGUUUAAAGAGAAAAAUCAUGUUUAUUUGCCACUGUAAUGUAUGUUCUCUGCAUGCAUAUUUCCAAGCGGCCAUUUUUGUUUAGUAGAAUGGUGGCAAAACUUAUUCGCAUAGCUCUGUUUAAAAUAGGCAACUGAGUUUGUGUAUCUAUAUUGUGCAAACAAUGUAUGGUUUUUUUUGGUAACAUUUGAGGUUAAUGGCUACUUGUGUCAUUGGUGAUUGACCCGUCUUUUGGGUCUCGGAUGAUUUGUCUUUUCGGUCCUGGGAGGAAAUGGACAUAACUGGGAUGAUUUGACACAGGCUAAGCAGCGAAAUGGUCUUGGCAAAAUUACCAGUGCAGAUUUACUGAAAUUCUUCAGACUUCUCAGAAUGUAUAGAAAUUUGAAAUAUGUUGCCUGUUGGCUGUCCAUUUUAAUUUAUGGAUAAACAUUUGGAUAGAUGGACAAAUACAUAAUAAUUGCAGCCCUGCUGUAAUAUUAAAAUUACCUGUUGUAUCACUCUAAAGUAUGCCAUUCAAGAUGGUUAAAUUGAAUUCAGAGCAGAGUUACAAUAAUAAAGUCAUGUAUUUUUAUAGUACACCUGCUUUAAAUUCUGUGCAAUAAGAUGAAAUGUUAUUGUUCAGAUUUUCUCAACAACUCUACAUCAAAAUGCAUAAUGCUUUCUGCCACUAUUCUACUAAAAUUUAGGUUAGUCCUUUAAUUUUGCAUGUAUUACCUUAAAUACAAUCAUGCCUUAAGCUUUCUUGAUAGUUUGUUUUAAAAAUGAAAAAAAAACCUGAUCUGAACAAUUUAUAUUAUUUGCAAACAGAUUUGCAAACUUCUUCUUGAUAAACAGCAGUAAGCUGAAACUGAUUCAUCUCUUGACUGGUACUGGUUGUUGGGGAAGUACAUGGAUAGACAUGGCUGCUGACAAGGCCUGCCAUUCAGCCCUGUCUUAAGCAGGGUAGUAGGUCCUCUCUUUCAUGUUUAUAAGCCAGUUCUUCCUCUGACUACCUCAGUAUUGACCUCCAUCCAAGGUACCUUAAAGGAAAUUUCUUGCUGGGUCAUGGCCAAACUAAACCAACUUGCAACCAUUUCACUCUUGUAAGUAAUGGUUUUUGAUGGUUUCAUUGAUUUUAUGUUCCCUAUACAAGAUCCAAUGCACCCUUCUUAGGCAUUACUUUUCAAAUGCCAGAAUUCUCCUCUCAGUAUCAGCAGGCAGAGUAUUUUACAUCCACAUUACAGAUUGAUAGUAUAAUGGAUUUGUACAGAUUGCACUUUGUAGUAAACCUGAUGGAUGUUACUGCUGCACCAGAUUCUGUCAAGCCUGGCCAUUGCUGUUGUUGGGGUGAUGUCCUGAUACAGAUAUCUGCCAUGGGGCAGCCAUCCAUGGAGAGGGUGGCUCGCCAGUAUUUAAAAGUUGUUUACCUCUUCGAGCCUUACUCAUGUAGGUAUCUGCUUUGUCAUUGCAAGGGACCAUGACUGUUUUUGUCAGUGCUGAUCUCCAUUUUGUAUGUAUUUCAACUAACUGCGGAGAGAUGCAGCUUUUCUACUUAUCAUCCUUUCUGCUCUCGUUGCUCUGCAGAGGAAAAACUCCUUCUGUUCCCCAACCUCUAAUCUUUAGGACUUCAUUCUUUAGUUUUUCUUCCCCAGAUUUUUUUUUUUUUUUUUUUAAGUCUGAAGGUAUACUAAAUCUAGUGAUCUCAGUAAUUUGAUAUUAAGACAAAUGUAAUGAAAAUUAAACAUGAAUGCAUACCAGAUAUCUUGCAGAGUACAGUAAAACCUUUAUUAAUGUCUUCCCAGUCAUACCCCCUCUUAAUUACUACCCAAAAAGUUUUCAUUGACAUAUUUUGCUAUAUAAAUGCUCUCUCUAUUACGAGUACCUCCCCAGUCUGACUUGUGACCGACAGUUUGUGACCUUUGCAAAUGUUGCAUGUUAAACAAAAUUAAGUAUAUUUUAAAAGACUGCUUCUGGUAGGCUGCUUACCCUAUAGUAUGAUUUGUACAGAAAUCAGGUAUAAUAAGUAAAUUUUGAAAGAGAUUGCUUGUCCUAUGGGGUCACCUGUCAUUUUGACCCAAACCGCAUCUCUCCAGUCAUAGCUACCGUAUCUUCCCAAUACCAAAAGUCAGAUCCUUCCAGACUGAGAUGAUGAAUCAAUCUUGAAUGACAGGAGCAGCUAUUAACAUCAAAUAUUAUCAACAGAGUCAUGAAUUGUUCAAACAAGUUUACCCACUAUCGUACUAAAUAAAAAAUGGCUGCUUUGCAAUAGACAUUCAGAAAACAAAUGGCACCUAACGUGAUUUUAUAUUAAUUCAUCUUUUUUUGGGGCAAAAAACUUUGGCAAUUCCUAUUGUAUCUGCAGACAUUUGGUUUAAAUGGUGCAUAAAUUGUGAUUUUCUCAUAAAUCAGUUUUUAAGUCCCAACAUUUGUCGUUAUUCUUAUGAUUAUUUUGGAGGUUCUUAUUAAAUUUAUAUGUAGAUGUUCAGUUAAUAUGAAACAGGUGUUACUUUGGGCAUUCAUUUAGCCUGGGCCUGGUCAACUUGACUUUUGAUGUUGAGACAAUCGAUGUGUUCAUACCUGGGACAAUGUGGCUUGCUGAGACUAACAGCAGAGAACUUCGCAAGAGAUUAAGCGUUGGUCUUGGCAGAGAAGCAGCAGUCCACUUACACAUAUCCGUGGAAAUAACAGGUGUGGUCAACUUGUUAGACCCAGAGGGAAGACGACAUAUUAGCUUUGAAGACUUUUGCAAAGGUGUGGCACAAAUUAAUGAGGUACAGCACCAAGCCCAGUUUCUAGGCUUCAAAUCAAGUGUGAGUGAAGACACCCUUGUGCCACAGGAUAUUGCAGGAGAUUUGUCUGGUCUACCGAAAAGAUCUUUGAGUCCAUCAACUUAUGUGGAUUAUGAUUUUGAUGGCUUGGAAGAGUCAUGUGGAUCUAAUGAUGACAUUAACCUCCUAAAGUGUGAAAAAGUGGUUACAUGUACUGCCAACAAAUCUUUCCUUUUACCCCCUACCUCUGAAGAUGAAGGUGACAGUGCACUGAGUGGAAGAUCCUCCGAACUGAAUGAAAACAGUCGUCCAGAGAUUACUGAUGAGGAAAACUAUGAGGACUAUGGAGAAAUGGAAUCUGAGGCUGAUAUCUCAGAUCAAGGCAUUUCAAAUAGAAGACUUAUGCCAUCUUCAUACAUGAGCCAACUGCAACAAAGUCCUCGUGAUUUUACACGAAACAAUACAAGAAGAAACAGUAUUGGUUCAGAUGAAAUCUUUGAUGAUAUUGAUGGCAACUUUCAAGAUUUGAAUGGCAGAGUAAAGUAUCUCGAGAGCCAGCUUCUUCAUCUGAUGGACACUCAGAAUGAGACAACUACCAAACAGUCACGGCUCAGAGAAGAGAACAGCUUGCUAAUUCAGAAGGUUAUUAACCUUGAAGAACAGCUGAAAGACAUGGAAAUGAGAAGCGAAGAAUGUGUCAAAGAAGAGAAACAUAAACACCAAGAAUAUAUGAGUCGACAUGAUAGAGAAAAAUGCGAAGAAAUGGAAUAUGUUACUCAAAGGUUACAGCGUAUUGAAAGUGAAUAUGAAGACAUGAAAGAGAAGAUGCCUACACUACAACAACAAAUCUUAAAAUUGAGAUCUGAAAACAUUGUCUUGCAAGAAAGAAUCCUUGAGAAACAAGAAAGUUACAAUAUGCUGCAUGAUGACUAUGAGCACCUUAAAGCCAGUUAUCACCAUCAGGAAGAACUGCAUCACAAAGAAAGCCAAUUCACAAAACAGUUACUGGAUGAACUGGGAAAGGAACUAGAAGACAUGCGAAAAUAUAGGACGGAAAUGGAACUGGGUAGCAAUGCAUCAUCUGGUUCAAAAGCAGAGUCACCAGGGCACUAUAGGGAGCUGCAACAAGAAAUUUACAAACUUAAGAAGGAGAACCAGGGCUUGCGAGAUAGCAAUGAAGAUCUUAAUGCACAGCUGAUGAGUCAUUGUGUUGAAGAGGGAAAAUCCCUCUUGAAAAGUGGAAAUGGAAAAUCAUUAGCAGAAGAAUUAGAGCAUUUGACCAAAGAAGAGCUGUUGGAGCAGCUACAUGCUGAGCGUGACUUCAGCAGCCGACUUAAGCAGUAUGUAGAUAGGAUUAUCAUUACAAUUCUGGAAAAAAAUCCAUCUCUUUUGGAGAUAAAAGCAGAGAAAUGUCAAGAGAAACAGAAGCAUUCAGCUGCAACAAAUUCAUUAAAAAACCAUCUGUGAUAUCUUGGUUUCAGAAAAAAAUCUAACUCAUCUGUUAAUGGAAUAUUUUCAUUUAAUAUUCUUUUUGAUAAAAUAGACAAAUAGACUUUAUUUUUUCAGUAGACAUUUUUAGAUGAUUGCAUUCAUGCAUGGGUAUCAAAUUUAACAAUAUUUUUUACAGGUUUUUUACUUUUUGAGAAUUUUGCAAGGGUUGUUUUUGUAAGUGAUUUUAAGAUUACUUAUCGCUUUAAAAUGUUAAAAUUAUCAGCCUUCUUGGACAAUGUAGCUCAAGUGAACAGUUUUUCAAGGAAAGAUGGAUUCAGAGAAUAGUCUAUACAGACAACACAAAUCUUGAAAUUUUGAUUUAAAAAAUAAAUGAAUGAUGAAUAAUGAAUACAAGAAUGUUCUUAAAAAUGUUUCUGUUACAAUUGUUGAGACUAGGAGCCACUUUGUCAACUUAAGUGCACUUCUUCCACUCGUAGGUUACCCCACUAACAGUACAGCAUCAAAAAAAUUUAUUAUAAUGACCUUUUUUGCCUCACUACUUUUGACUACCUAACAAUGAUUCAAUCUUCACACAAGUUCCUCCACACUAUUGCAAGCUUUUAUGAUUGCUUAAAAAAACACUUUUUUGACUAAACCAGACUUAGAAAUAUAGCAUCAAGCAGUUUCUCAAAUUAUUCUGAUCAUAUCUGUGCACACAUUUAAUCUUAAAAACAAGUCAGCAUACAUGAUCUAAGACUUUAAAAAUAAUCUUCAUGUUCUUUGUGAGUGAUAUUUUGCUGUAUCUGAAGGUCUCCAAUAUGUGGAUAAACCUGACAGGAUCUAAAUACACCAUAGGGGCAAUGAGAUCAAUUUUAGGGUAUGCAAAUAUGUCACUCCAUUAUUUCUUCACACAUACUAUCACAUCAACCGCCUUCCUUCUUAAUCAUUCAGACAGAUGAUCCAUGUGCAGUUCCAUCCCAUGAUGGCACUAAUUGCAGAAAUGGUUACAUCUAGGAAAUGUUUUUUCAUCACAUUAACUUUGUCAUGCAUGCAUUCAUGAAUACACUUUAUGAUUUAUAAGUUUACAUUCAGAAUGUUCAUUUAUAGACAAGUCUGGAAUUUCCUGGUAAAUUGCACAGCUCAUUCUUUUAUAUAUUUCUUUUUCAUUUGAAUGACAUACAGCAGCAUUUUUGUAUUAAUGACAAAAUAUGUGCAUAACUGUUCAGAAAAAUAAUAAAUGAUCAUUGCAAAAGUAAUUCUUCAAAACUAGCUUUGUAGGCUAAUUUCUUUCUGCUAAGGUGAAGGUAGGCCAAGGUAUGGUAGAAGAAUACAUGCUUGCUUUUUUUUCCUUCAAAUGACAGAUGGAAUUACCAGAUGACAUUAUGUUAGGAGGUCUUCUUACUUUAUCACUGAGUUUCAGUUGAACUCAAACUGAUAGGUCAAAACUUUCCUCUCUGUUCUCAUGUCAUCUGUAACCUCUAUAACUGUGAACAUAGUAGUUACCUCAAUUUCUUAGAUAAACCUCAUCAAUGCCUUAAAAAAACAAAACUUGCGUAACAAAAAAAGAAAUGCAGUUUGGGACAAAAUUCUGAUCUUAUAAUCAAAUUAUAAUAAAAAAUAACAGCUUCUUACAUAAGUGUGAGAAAAUGAAAAUUUUUUGAGGGAAAGCAUUAUUUUUUUAAUUGCAAGCAGUCACUCUUUUAUCAUAUUAGUUUUGCCUUCUUAGCCAGUCACAACAUUUUGGACAUUUAUCAAUAUUUAAGUAUUUUGUAUAUUCCGUUUGCUUAUAGUGUGAAAAUAUUUGGUUGAAAUUCAUGCAUUACAAUACUUGUGAACUCUGUUGUAUUCUUUUUUGUAGAUUUAAAACGAAAAACAAAGCACAUUGACAGAAAAAUAUAGCUAAAGAAAUACUUAUAGUUGUCUUUUGUUAUAGGUAUGAUUGAACACAGCAUACUUUUCUAACAACUAUGCAAUAUGUUAUUAGGGUAACUUAAUAUUGCAUAAACUGUCAAUAUAAAAAAAAUGGUUCAGUAUGUUGUGUGUACAUGGUUAGGCAUAAUAAACAGUUGAAUUUGUAGAGUGUAUUUCUCCAUAUGGUAGCAAGUUUAGAGUGCUGUGCAAAAAAGACAAGUGUACUGACAGUAAAUUAAGCAACAAAGAAACACAAGCAACAUUGAACAGACACCAUGGCAAACUUUAAUGAAUGUAUGGAUGGAUAAAACUGAGUGAGCAGAUGAGUUUGCUAGAUUAUGAAAGGUAGAAAAGUUACCUACCUCCUAGAUGAUAUUUUUGUCUUUUUCUUGCCUGGGUGUCAAAAUUGUACAUUGUCUGAUGAAAAUUUGUAACAAAAAACUUGAUAAUUGAGGAAAGAAACUAAAGCAAUGGAUAUAAAUCAAUGGAUAUAACCCUGAAGCAAUAUAUAAAUAGGUAUAAAUGUGAUGCUUUAGACUUCAUGUAACAAAAUAAUGAAGAAAUGUACAAGAAUCUGUAGCAUAUAUAUAACAGUUGGUUAUCAUAGUUAACUGGCAAGGCAAAAGGAGCUUUGUACUUAUAUUUGAUACCAUAACAUUUCUAAACAAGGCUUGACCAAGCUGUGUAUACUUAUAUACUUUAUGGAAACUUCAGACAUCAUUGGAUAGGGAUUAUGAUUGGUGUUAAUUAAAUAUGGAAAGUUUGGGAUCAGUGUGAAUCCUGGAUGAUGAUUAUUUUUCAUGCUUUUUUCUGCAAAAUAAUUAUCAUUUUGUGAAAUUUGAUGGGCAGCUGGGGACUAUACCCAUGUGCUGUUUUAUAGAAAGAAAACUUUUGAUUUGCAAGAAAUCUGCCUAUUUAAAACCGGAAAGUAAGUGUCCUCAGUUGGCAUAUAUACCUCAUAUACUGAAGUAUAGAAAAUAUGUGUGCAUGUGUGAGUACAUGCUCAUAAUUGGGCACUAAUUUAUGCUGAUGUAUUUUGCUACCACUUUGCUUCAAGGUAAAACAUUGAAUUUUCAUGAACUCUGAUCUUGUAAUGGCAUUUUGAAUGCUAUGUAAUUUUAUGUGAUUUGCAUGUUUUUACAGCUGAAUACAAAGCAAAUUUAUUUCAUGAGA